AUAUCAGCAAAUUAUAAUACUCCAAUUGAUAAAAAAAAAAAUAAUCAUACUUAAAAAGUAAUUAUUUUUUUUUAUAAACUGUAUUAUUAUCCAGUGUGUUGUAUUUUUUCAUAAAUAUAUUUCAACAAGUUGAUGCAGGCCAAGGACUCUGAUUCAAAAAUUACAAAUAAGACCUAUAUUAUUCAACGUGGCUCGUUCAAAUGUCAAGAUAACGUUGAUAAAAUUUUCUCAUAAAAAUGUAUAAAUGAAUAAUUAUCUAAAAUUAUCACUGUCUGGACAAGUUAAUAAAUAAAUAAUAUAAUUAAUAAAUUAGAUAAAAGUUGAAAAAUAAUAAAUAAAUAAUCAUGGCUGUACCAGAUGGUAGUGUACCUUGGGGAAUAAGUUUGUUAAAUUGGAUUGGUAUGAAAUGGUGGCCCCAUAGAAGAAUGAACAAAUUAGCUUGGCACAGAGGUGGAGUACUUGCAUUGACAUAUUUAGCAUACACAUGUUAUCACAUGUCAAGAAAACCAAUAUCAGUUGUCAAGACAGUACUUUAUCAAAAUUGCAGUGGUUUAUCACCACCACCAGAUAUUCCAAUUGACGAUAAUAAUCGUGAUACUUGGUGUGAUUGGGCACCAUUUGAUACUCCUGAUGCUCCAACACUUCUUGGAACAAUGGACUCAGCAUUUUUAUUUGCAUAUGCAGCAGCUAUGUUCCUCAGUGGCUUUGUUGCUGAAAGAGUUGAUUUGAGAUAUUUUUUAUCAUUGGGAAUGCUUUUUUCUGGUAUAUCAUGUUAUGCAUUUGGAUUAGCUAAAGUUUUAAAUAUUCACAGUCCAUGGUAUUUUUUUUUUAUCCAAGCUGCUGGUGGUGUUUUUCAAACUUCUGGCUGGCCAGGUGUUGUAACUGUUGUUGGUAAUUGGUUUGGAAAAGGAAAACGUGGUUUAAUAUUUGGCAUAUGGAAUUCUCAUACAUCAUUGGGUAACAUUCUUGGAAGUUUAAUUGCUGGUGGAUAUGUUGAAACAGAUUGGAGUAAUAGUUUUAUUGUACCUGGUAUAUUAAUUGGUAUUGCUGGUUUUAUUAUUUUUCUAUUUCUUUCACCAAAUCCAAAAAUUGUUGGAUGUUCAAUACCAGGUAAAAAAAUUGUUAGAAAAAUUUAUGUUGAGGGAAGUUCUGAGGAUGACAAUGAAACACAACAAAUUGACAAUGAAAUUGAGAAUAUCACACAUCGAUCUAGAUGGUAUCAGCAUGAUGAUAAUGAUGAUUAUGAUGACCUUGAAUCAAGUGCAAGAUCAGAAACAAGCCCAAUGUUAUCAGUCAAUCGACGUUGUCAGGAUUCAUCAGAUGAACAGGCAAUUGGUUUUAUUGGAGCAAUUAAAAUUCCAGGAGUUAUGGAAUAUUCAUUGUCACUUUUUUUUGCAAAAUUAGUUAGUUAUACAUUUUUAUACUGGCUACCACUUUACAUAACAUCUGCAACAACUUAUAAUGCAGCAUUGAGUGCUGAUUUAUCAACGCUAUUUGAUGUUGGUGGUAUAAUUGGUGCAAUCGCAGCUGGAUUAUUGUCUGAUUAUAGUGGAAUGAGUGCUGUGACAUGUGCAACAAUGCUGAUUGCUGCAAUUCCAAUGUUAUUUAUUUAUGUGACAUUUGGAAGCAUUUAUUUCAUGGGCAAUGUGAUACUACUGAUAAUUGUUGGUGUAUUUGUUAAUGGACCAUAUGCAUUGAUAACAACAGCUGUAUCUGCUGAGCUUGGUACACAUCCAAGUCUUGGUGAUAAUUCAAAAGCACUUGCAACUGUUACAGCAAUUAUUGAUGGUACUGGAAGUAUUGGUGCUGCUGUUGGACCACUUCUUGCUGGUUUCAUGUCACGUUGGAUGGGUUGGCACAGUGUUUUUUACAUGCUUAUGGUGUCUGAUUUAUUUGCUUUAUUAUUUUUAUCAAGACUUGUUUAUAGAGAUCUUAAAAUGUAUCGACAAAGACGUCUAGCUGUUUAAAUAUCAACAACAAGUAGAUAACACAUUUAGAUAAUUUAAUUUUAAACAGCUUUAUUGUUUAUCUUUUUAACAAUAAUUUUUAACUAAUAUACAAAUUAUUUUUAUGUAAAUUUAUUUAAAUGAUAAUAGAUAAAAAAUGAUGUGCUUCUUGUAUAAUAAAUAUUUUUGUCUAAUA